AUGUCUACUACUGAGAUGGAGUCUACAGAACAUGAAACGAUCGACCCGGAUUCAAAGUACCCGUUGAAAGUUCUUUACUGUGGAGUGUGCUCGCUGCCUUCAGAGUACUGCGAAUACAUGCCCGAGCCGGCCAAAUGUCGGCAAUGGUUGGAGAAGAACUUCCCGGAUGUUUUUGCCCGGAUGACUCUCGGUCCAACUGGCCCGGCAGCAAAUGCCCCCGAAAAGCAUCCCGACACUGGAGAUGCUCCCCCUGCUGGUGAGGAGGAGGAAAAGAAGAAACAGAAAAGAGGUGGACGGGGUCAGAUCAAACAGAAGAAGAAGACAGUGCCUCAGAAGGUGACGAUAGCCAAAAUCCCAAGAGCCAAGAAGAAAUACGUGACGCGGGUGUGCGGGCUGGCAACCUUCGACAUCGAGCUGAAAGAGGCUCAGCGGUUCUUUGCUCAGAAGUUCUCCUGUGGCGCCUCCGUCACGGCCGAGGACGAGAUCAUCAUUCAGGGAGAUUUCACCGACGACAUCAUCGACGUCAUUCAAGAGAAGUGGCCAGAGGUGGAUGACGACAGCAUCGACGAUCUGGGCGAGGUGAAAAAGUGA